AUGCUGUCGCAGAUCGUCACAGCGGCAAAGAACCUGAUUUUCCCUGAGAAUAGCGCAAACAUCGAGUCGAACACUGCCGCUACUACCCCAGACAAGACCGCAGUCGCAAAUCCGAAAAUGGUUACCACGCGCCGACAAUCAGCAAUCCAAGUCGUUAUCUCGGCACAAGAAACUGCAGCCAACGCAUCGCCAGAGGUGAAUGGAAAGCGCAAGUCGGAGAUUACUACUACAACCACAAACGAGGAGACGCCGCGCAAUAAGCGGAGAAAGAAGACCACGAUAAGGACUGUUGAGGAGGAAGUAAAGCCCACCGCGAAGGAAGAGUCAGCGCCGAAGAAACACUUUAGAUUCGACAGCGAGGAGCCCGAGCCUAUAUUGCCCGAGCCUGCAGAGCAAGAGGUGCCGGGAACUGUGCAAGCGGAGAAUCGGGAUGUCGAUGAUAGCAGCGAUGACGAGGCACCAGAGACCGUGGACAACGCUGCACAGCUCGCCAAGAUCAAGUCAGAGGCAAAGAAACGGGAACAGGCGAAACAAUUAGAAGAACAAUUGAAGAAAGAAAAGAGACGACAAUUGGAUGAAGCGCGCAAGGCACAAGCGAAAGCUUCAGGAAAACGAAGCGAAGCCUCCGCCCCUCAAUCCGGGCCAGGAGCCGCUACUCCUGCAGAAGACUUGCUUUCAGAAAGCUCGGCAACGCUGCAGGGUUCAAUUACGCAAGAUGCCCGACACCCGGCAACUCUUCCUGCUCUUCUUCCAGACGAUAUCUUGAAUGCCGUUCCGGACGUCCGGCCGCCAACUCCUCCGCCUGAAACGCAAGAUAUCGCCCAGAAAAAGCCAACUAAGCUUAGAUUUCUUGAUAAGCAAGAGAAGGGCCCGAAGGAUGUGAGACUGGGUGAUGUCUCUAUCCGUGUUCUAGGAGGCAGCGGCUCGAAGAAACCAAACACUGCACUUCCUCCCAAGGCGUCCAAGACGGGACGAUCUGCGAGGGAAGCUUGGUUGAAGCAGGCCCGCAGCACCGGGCACGUCAAUGGCAUGAGAAUGGUUAGCAGCGGCUCGAGGAAGUUCGUCCGCAAGUAA